AUGGCCGAAGAUGUAUCAGUCGUUCGAGAGACUUGCGCUACAAGCAACUUGAAGCGCCCUAAUAGAAACACGUGGGAGGAUGAGUGGAAUCGUAAGUACCGACUGCUGCUUUCUCUGGUGUCCUUGGCCGCGGCCACGCCGGUGUUCGUGAACCAAGAUGGAGGGCACUACAUAAUGCAGUUAUUUAGCGGUCACUAUCCGAUCGAUCGAUCCGAUCAGGAGAUCGCUAGUACUUCCGGAAGCAGCGGUUAUGAUAGUAGCUACGGGGGUAGCUACGGGGGUGGCUACGGGGGUGGCUACGGGGGUAGUGGCCUCGGAGGUGGUCACGGGGAAGAGGCUGCUUCCACCGGCGGACAUUUAGAGUCUGGCGGUGGACUCGACGGCGGUCAUCAGGAUUACUCUUCCGGCGGUCAUCAAGAUUACUCUUCCGGCGGUGGAUUUGACAGCGGUCACGGCGGUGGAUUUGACAGCGGUCACGGCGGUGACGGCGGCGGCCACGGAUGGCAGCCAGGCUCGCUGGACGGCGGGCAUAAUUAUGUUCACAGUGUUCCCGUCUCCGAACACGUCGAAGUAACAAAGCCCGUAGCCAUACCAGUCUACAAACACAUCGGUGUACCGGUCCCAAAAUCAGUGCCGAUAGCGGUGCCACAUCCGGUAGCAAUUGGUAUUCCACAACCUUAUCCCGUUCAUAUUCCUGUACCGAAGCAUAUUCCCAUACAAGUUAUAAAAACGAUAGCGGUCCCGGUAGAAAAGAAGGUGCCUUAUCCUGUGGAGAAGCACAUACCAGUACCCAUCGAGAAGCCGGUUCCCAUCACAAUUGAGAAACACAUCCCCGUCCCUGUCGUAAAACCGUAUCCCAUCAAAAUUCCCGUUUACAAGACCAUUUACCAUCACGCGAAGAAGCAUUAA